AUGUCGCACCAGGAAGAUACAAAAAAUGCUCCCGAAGAGCACCAGAUGCACCGCACCGGCUCAUGGCUGCCAUCUGACCACCGCGUGCAUAGGAAAUGGCUUGGGGGCAUCAUAGAAAAGGUGGAAAGCAACCCAAAAGAUCUCCAUCCAGUCAUCCAGGAAUUCAAAGAUUUGAUUGAGAAAAACACGCGCAUCUACAUUCUCGUCAACUCCAUGUUCGAAGAGAUACCUGUCAAGAAGCCGUACAAAAGAGAUCCGAGCGGCCACAGGCAAGUUCGUGAUUAUCACCAUAUGUUGGAACUUUUCAAUCACAUUCUUACUACGGCGCCUGAGUGGAGCGAUCAUGAUUAUUCAGUUGGUGUGGUCGGGACGCCAUUCAAUGCUAUUCUGGACUGGCCUAUGGGCACACCAUCCGGCUUCGCCUUCUUCCUCGACCCAGAAGUCAACAAGAUGAUCAAAAAAGUCCUGGGUGCAUGGGCCGAUUUCCUCGCCUCACCAGACUCAGCAUACGUGCUAGAUAACAACCAGAUCGGCUGGUUCAGUGAGCACGGCAUACACGAUCUCGAACUAACCGCGAACGUGGGCCGCUCUUCCCACAAAUUCGACGAGCUCUUCCAAUGCGAUCCGAAAAAGAAGCACUACGGCUACACCUCCUGGGACCACUUCUUCACCCGCCUCUUUCACUCAGACAAGCGCCCUGUCGCCAGCCCAGACGACAAUUGCGUCAUCGCAAACGCCUGCGAGUCAAAACCGUACAAAGUGGGCCGCGACGUCGCACAACGCGACCGAUUCUGGAUCAAAGGCCAACCCUACUCGCUCAUGGACAUGCUCGCCAUGGACCCCCUGCACAAGCAAUUCAUCGGCGGAACAAUAUACCAAGCUUUCCUUUCCGCGCUGAGUUACCACCGGUGGCAUGCGCCCGUCAGCGGCACGAUCAAGAAAGCGUAUCUUGUCGAAGGCACCUACUUUUCCGAACCACUGUUCGAGGGUCUCGGUGAUCCUUCCAACAAGGGAGGCAUUAGCGAGGACGGCGAGAAAACAGGCCAGGGAUAUCUUACUGCGACGGCUAUACGAGCAAUCAUUUUUAUCGAGGCAGAUAAUUCCGAUCUGGGCCUCGUAUGCUUUAUGGGGAUUGGUAUGACGGAAGUGUCUACAUGCGAGAUCACAGUCAAGGAAGGGGAGCGUGUUGAGAAGGGAGAUCAGAUUGGCAUGUUUCAUUAUGGAGGGAGUACGCAUUGCUUGAUUUUCAGGAAGGGAGUAGAGUUGGAAGGUUUUCCGGAUACGCAGGAUGUGGAGCAUAAUGUUCCUGUUAGGUCGAAACUUGCUGUUGUUAAGAAAACCGGUUGA